UACCUGCGGGCCGGCGGCCGCGGCAAGGGGAAGGGCGAGAGCGCCAGAGAGGAGGCCAGGAAGAAGAAACGGGACAAGCAGCCGCAGAGGAAGGAUGGCGGGGACGGGGAGCAGGACGAGCUGGAGGAGGCGAGCAAGCUGCUGGUGAAGGUUCUGCAUGUCUCCGAAAACCCGGCGCCCUUGGUGGUCAAAGUGAGCCCGGGCACCAAAGAUGUUCGGCCCUUCAUCGUGUGCUGCGUGCUGAGGGGAGUGAACUUAAAGCCGGGAAAUGCCCUGAAGAGGUUCCUGUCCGUGCAGACCAAGCUGCAUGAAGACAUCUGUGAGAAGCGGACAGCAGCCACGAUCGCCACCCACGACUUGCAGCUGAUCAAAGCUCCUCUGACAUACGAUGUUCAGCCUCCUGAGGAACUGAAGAUCACGCCCCUCGGUCGAAAAGAGAUCAAGGCAAAGGAUCUUCUCCGCCAGCUGGAGUUAGAAGCUGAGGAGCAGAGGAAGCAGAAGAAGCGUCAGAAUAUCUCUGGGCUGCACAGGUACCUGCGGUUAUUGGGUGGCAAAGAUAACUACCCGUGUCUCGUGGAUGCCGAGGGCGUUGUCAUUUCCUUCCCACCAAUUACCAACAGUGAGAAGACAAAGAUCAGGAAGGACACCCACGAUCUGUUUCUGGAAGUGACAAGUAAUACCAGUUUACAGAUCUGCAAAGAUGUCAUGGACACCCUAAUUCUGAAAAUUGCAGAACUGAACAAGUUUACCUUGGAAGAUAAGGAAGACUCGGGCUCGGAUAACGAGUCUGAUGCUCUUUGUGGACCAGUGAAUUUGAACCCCAGCCAAAAUGUGCAGCCAGUGAACUCGCCGUUGGUGGUGGAGCAGGUUCGAGUGGUGGACAUGGAUGGAAACUUGAAAGUACUUUAUCCUUCAAAAACUGACCUCAGCACAGUCUCCUCCCUUCUGACGGUAAUGCGUUAG